UCUUAGUCCUUACUGUCGUUGCCCGCAUCCGACACGCAGACACCUGGUGCUCUCUCCGUCUUGACUUGUUACCUUGCUACCAAUCCAACCGGACUGAUCUCCUUGGGUAUCAACGUACAUCAAGAGAACCACCCAGGGCACCAUGGCGUCAAUCUUGGAACGUUUGUUCCCCGUCGAACAGCUGGAGGCACUCGGGAACAAGUGGCCGGAGAGUGCUCCCAAGAGGAGAAAGUUCGACAAUGGUGCAAGUCAAGACCAGCAGAGGAUCUGGACCAUGCCAGCACCUGUUCGAAGACAGAACAGCGGUUCUGCCAUUCCAGACAUAAGACAUCACCGACUCUCGACGUCGAGCCAGCAGCGCGGCAUCAACCCCCGAUACGCGACACAAUCGACACAGAUUAGGAGAUCCAAUUCCGAGUCCGUCCCUCGGAACUCUCCAACACCGUCAGCAAGCUCCGUCAGAUCCAACUCUUCAUCAGUUCAAAAGUCCUGCCUUCCCGCCUUCAUCGAGCCCAGCCUCAUGCAGGUCUACCUUCACAAUCUUCACCCCAAGGACCGAUCGAGGUACUCGCUACCUGGUAGUCCGACGUGUAGUAGCGAUACUACUACGAGACCCGAAGAGCCAAGACGAAUCUCAAUGACCUCCCGUCGCGAGAAUAACCACGAGGACAGUAUAUCGUCGCCUGGAUCUCUGACGACAGACACAUCCUCGCCACAGUACUUGGGCGAGGCAUGCACGACGCCGCCUGCGUCUGCCGGCCCGUUCAGCGACUUGAUCUAUGGCCUACGACUGACCGAUCACGAACGAGGAUUCAUGAACGAUCUUCUAAAUCCAUCACUCGAAAGCGGUGACAUGUUUGCGUCCAUGUCUGGCGAGAAACGAAAGAUGCCAGACUUGGACGAGAGUGGUGUUGACCCUGCGAACUUUUUCGGCGCCGGCAAUGAUUCAUUCCAGACCAUGUUCUCACCGUCGCGGCACGAAGUAGAGGCGACCGAUUUCUCAGGGUACGAGUACGCUGUCACGACGAACGGCGAGCGAGAGAACGACGUACAUUCAUCCGGUCUCAGUCCAACCGCCGAAGAAGGGGACGAAGGAGAAGAAGCAGAAGAAGACACGGCUCCUGCUGGGAUUGUCAUGCCCGUGCACGCUGCGCUCAGUGUGGACGACUUUUUUGACUUGGAAGAGGCAGCUGAUGACCUUUCCCCGUUGGCAAUAUGAUAUUUCGGAGUUGUUUCAUGUCAUGCGAGGAUAAGAAUGUAUCCAUGCCUGUGACGAUUUUUUUUUUCAAUCAUAUAUGUACGAACAACGUACCCGUGGGACCGAUCAUACGCAGAUGACGAAUUACAC